UUCUUUUGGUGGUCACAACCGGGUUACAAGAAUUUGUCCUGGCAGCCUCAAAGUACUGCCUCUUCGUCAACGGUGCCCUGGCGUUCGUCUUCGAUGACAUCUACUUUCGCCCUCAACACGGACGAAUAUAGCCGCAAUAGUCCAAAUGGGUCCGAUAAUACCAUCACAACGCCGCAUUCAACACCAGUCCGUCUGUAUCCCAAUACGCAAGCACCAGCGUUUUUCCCCAAAAAUCCUCCAGUCUUCAAGGCUCUCUCUUCGCCAGUCAAUACUUCCUCCAACUCCAAAGAGACAAAAUGCAGUGUCUGGACUCCCCUCUGUUUUGAGACAAGCCAUGCUAUCGUUGCCCAAUGGAUAGAGGAGAAUUCGCUGCCUUCAACGGCCAACGAUCGCGCAGUCGGCACUGUUCUGGCUGGGCACCAUGCCAAAUCCACCGCCAUUACUUUGAUCCGCCUUUUGAAGCACCAUUCACACUAUCUUCCAGCCGAAGAAGUCUUUACUCCUCUUCCAGGGGUCUCCUGUCUCAAAACUGAUUCCAUUAGUUGGCUAAUGGAAAAGGAUCACGAUAUUCUUUUGGGAAACCCCUCAGCACCGUUUCAUGAACGUGCUCGCGGUGGAGGACCGCUUCUGGAGUUGUAUUCAGCUGGAUUAGAAGCAAUCCUCGAAGACAACGGCUUCUGGGGCAUGCGCGGUCAAUACAAGGUUCCGGUUCUAUGGCCAGAUGCGCAUCCCUCCCCCAAACAUCAAGCUACUUUCUGGGCAGCCGGCCGUUUUACGGUUCUUUCGAUCAUUCAUCGACAUGGGAUUGCACCUCUACCAAUCAGCCCCUUUUUUCUCAUCUUCGUUUUCUAUGGCAAGGCUGGUUUAUGCCUAUCGCUGGACUUCAUCCAGCAUCUGGACCCUGAGAUGGGCGGCAGACUUUCGCCAUGGUUUUCCUUUGGAUACCAAGAUGCAAUAGAUCAUAAAAGUGUCGCUUGUCAUCCGGUUGGAGUUCUGUUCUCGGAAAUAUAUCCCACUCUGGAAUUUUUGACGCAUUCCCGCACGGUCGAAGAACAUGGCCAGUUUGGCUUGACCCUCUUAUUCCAUGUUUUACUUGGGUUCACUCAUGAGCACCACAAUGAGAUCGAAGCUUAUUGUCAAGGUUUCCGUGGUGUCAUCAAGGGGGCUAUGAGUCAAGAAUUGGACCCUAUCAAGAGCCUUUCAGGCCAUCUCUCCCAAGCAGCUUGUUUUGUGGCCACGAUCUACGAGAGGAGCAUCAAGUCGUUAGAGCCGCUGCUCUCCUCCUUGCAGUUUGAGUUUCACGGAGACACUAAUGACUGCAUCGCCAUGACCAUGGCAAAACUCUUCCGACUUCGAUUUGUCCGAUGGCUACACGGUCAUGGUCAUCCUGAUAGCUGCUCUGAUAUGUUUACGCAAGAGGAAUUGGAACUCCAUCGGCAUGAUCCUUUGCUUCGCGCUCGGAAUAUGGUGGAAAGUUUGGUUGGGACGCCCCAGCUGCCCUUCGAUGUCCAGUUCAAGAUCAUAAUCACAUUCAAGCCCCAAGAAACAAUUCAGCCGAUUAUAAAGAAGUACCAUUUUUCUUUCGAAGUCAAUAUUGACUCGUUCUUGUGCAAUGCGCUUCAAGAACCUUGUACAAUGGAGGAUCCCGAAGAUGGGACCUUGUUUGAUCGGUGGCUCCAUGCACAAUUUAUGGUUGACCGGACUUUGAAUCGCUUGUAG